AUGGCAACAGAGGCACCUCCCGUUGAGGGCAAGGCCUCAUUGAACCUACCAAACUCGGUUCCUUUCUGGCGACUCGUCACUCAGCCUGGAGUGGUUACCCAACAGGUGGUGGACCAUAUCUAUGAAGGAUCAGGGACGGAAGAUGAUCCAUUUGUGGUAAAUUGGAUGCCCAAGGACUUUCGAAACCCGCUUCAACUAAGCAAUCCAAUGAAAUGGUCAAUCACUAUGGUCGCCGCCAUGGAGACCCUGGUUGUUGCCUUGGUCUCAUCCGCCUACACUGGUGGUAUUGUGCAAAUUGAGGAACAGUUCAUGACAACCACCGAGAUUGCAACAUUAGGUGUUUCCCUCUAUGUGCUAGGCUUUGCUUUGGGUCCAUUACUCUGGGCUCCAAUGAGUGAGAUGUUUGGUCGCCAGGCUGUCUUCAUCACUACAUACUGUGGCUUGACCAUCUUCUGUGCCGCCACAACAGGUGCAAAGAACAUCCAGUCUCUCAUCGUCUUUCGUUUCCUAGCUGGAGCAUUCGGCUCAUCCCCCUUCACCAACUCUGGUGGUGUGAUUGCGGAUAUGUUUGCUGCUCGAGAGCGUGGCUUGGCACUAUCUGCAUUUGCAUUAGCUCCUUUCCUCGGCCCGGUCAUCGGUCCUAUCAUUGGUGGAUUUUUGGGUAUGGAGGCCGGAUGGAAAUGGGUCAUGGGCCUAUUGACCAUUCUGUGUGGUGUGAUGUGGUUCCUCGGCGCGGCCCUCAAGCCCGAGACAUACGCCCCAGUGCUUCUCCGUCAACGUGCAAUCACUCUCUCUAAGCUGACUGGCCAAGUUUAUCUCAGCAAGCUCGACAUUGAUCAAGGACGGCCAGACCUAAAAGAGUCUCUCAAGAUCUCGCUCUCCCGUCCCUUUGUUCUGCUCUUCAAAGAGCCCAUCGUUCUUAUUCUGUCCAUCUAUCUCGCUAUCAUCUACGGAACACUUUACAUGCUCUUCGGCGCAUACCCGAUCGUUUACGAAAUCCACCGAGGAUGGAACCAGGGUGUCUCCAGUCUGGCGUUCCUAGGAGUUAUGGUGGGCAUGCUAUGUGCAAUCGCCUACUCAAUCCCCGAGAAUAACCGCUAUGGACGCCUCUUGGAGAAGAACGGGGGCUAUUGCCCACCUGAGGCUCGUCUCCCCGCAUGCAUGGUCGCCUCCAUUGCCUUGCCCGUCGGUCUUUUCUGGUUCGCGUGGACCGACUCCCCCUCAAUCCACUGGAUGGCCAGUAUCGCUGCAGGUGUGCCCUUCGGAUUCGGCAUGGUCCUCGUUUUCUUAUGUGUGUUCAACUACCUGAUCGACGCCUACACGAUCUUCGCUGCCUCCGUUCUCGCCGCCAACUCCCUAUUGCGUUCGCUGUUCGGCUUUGCCUUCCCUCUCUUCACCACCUACAUGUUCAACAACCUUGGUAUCCACUGGGCUGCCAGUAUCCCAGCCUUCCUCGCCCUGGCAUGUGUGCCCUUCCCUUUCAUUCUCUACAAGAAGGGUCUUGCCAUCCGCAAACACUGCAAAUACUCUGCGCAAUCCGAGGCAUUCGUUCAAAAUUAUAUCAAAACCAUGGCCCACGCUCAGGCAGCUGCAGGCGACAUGGAAGAAUCCGUGACUCGCGUCCCAACUGCAACUGAAGUCGACGAGACCCUCCAAUCCGCUGCUCACAAAGAGGGCGAUGCCGAGAUUCAUUCUCUCAGUCGCGCCUUAUCUCACACUUCUACUACUCGCAUGUCAACGGAAAUGCACCGGGUUCCCACUUAUGAGGCGAACCCAUACGAUAUCGACCGCAUCCACACCCGUGAAUCAUUCAAAUAG